AUGCUCAGCAGCCGCUUGGUCAUAGGCCUAGACUAUGGCACAACGUACACAGGUGUCGCGAUCUGCGAAACAUCUGACACUGGUGUCGUUGGUAAAGACAUCCAUGUGAUCAAAGAUUGGCCAUCUCGUCAUACAAAGAUCGGCACGAAAGAGAAAGUACCGAGUGAGAUUGCAUUGAAAGACCGCACUCAAUGGGGAUCGUUGAUCGCGCCGAACGUCCAACGACACAUGUGGACCAAACUCCUCCUCGAUGACGCGAAAGCCGGCGAGGUCGACAAGAUCUUGAAGGAGCUCACUCUCGAUGAUAACCGUGGCCCUUCGAGCAAGCCAGUUGAUAUCAUCGCAGAGUUCCUCGCGCACGUCAAGGCUCACGUCAUCAAGAACCUCGACAUUCAGUACGGAAAGGGCCUAUGGCGAUCCCUUCCAAUCACGCUCGUGAUCACCGUUCCGGCAGUGUGGUCGGAUUCCGCUAAGAGUGCUACGCUCAAGGCCGUCAACAAGGCUGGGUUCAACAACAUCGAGCUGCCUCAACUGAAGCGUACAGUCCUUACGACUGAGCCAGAAGCUGCCGCCAUAUACACCAUUCAGUCAAUUCGUGGAGGCAUCCAGGAUGAGCAGUUCGCAGUUGGUGACGGGUUCAUCGUGUGCGAUAUGGGUGGCGGUACGAUAGACUUGAUUUCGUACCGGGUUGCCGACUUGGAUCCGACUACUCUUGAAGAAGCUACGAUCGGAACCGGUGAUCAGUGUGGUGGUAGUUUCGUGGAGCGAGCUUUCUUGAAGUGGCUGGAGCGCCGUCUGGGCACCGCUGACUUCUUGCUCAUUGCUGGUGAGAGGAGCGAGGACCUACCUCGCACUUCACUUUCUCCGAAGCUGAGCCGUAUGGUACAAGAUUUCGUACUGGAGGUUAAGAGCGGCUUUUCGGGUGUCGAGACGAACUUCCUUCGUCUUCCAGUGCCCUUGAGCUCGAUUGCAGACGACGAGGCUAGGGGUAUCCAAGAUGGUGAGAUCACGAUCACCGCGGAAGAUAUGCAAGAGAUGUUCGAGUUUCCGCUUCGUCGCACAUACGAGCUUCUGCUUGGGCAAAUGCAGCAAGCGCGUCGCAAAGGCAACGCACGGCUGAAGUGGAUCUUCAUGGUAGGUGGCUUCUCAGAGUCUCCUUACAUGUACGAGAAGCUCAGGGUGUUUGCCGAAGCAAACGGUCUAGUUGCAAUCCGACCCGCUCAUGCUUGGUCCGCUAUCGUUCGCGGCGCAGCCGCCAAAGGCCUCGAAGGCGACGGCCGUACCCCGAUCAAGAACCGCAAGUGUCGUAGACAUUAUGGCACCGACUGCUACGCUGCAUUCGUCCCGGCCAAGCACAAGGAAAUCGACGCCUUUGUUUCUCCGUACACCGGUCUCAAGCAAGCCGGCAACCAGAUGAGGUGGAUACUGAAGAAGGGUCAAGAUCUUGCUGCCAAGUCUGAGUCGCAUGGUAAAUUCACCUUCUGCCAGCAUUUCUGGCCCGGUGACGUUCGUAGAGCGACCUGUGAGCUUCUAGCCAGCGACCUCGACAAAGCUCCGCCCCGUUGCUCCGAUCAGGGUGUGUCGAAAAUCGCUACAUUGGACGUCGAUCUGAGCCGUGUUCCUCAGAGUGCGUUCCGGGUUGAUACGAGCCCAUCCAGUGGUACCUACUUCACCUUGGUCUUCGAGAUCGAAAUGAACAUCCAGUCUUCUCUGGAGCUGUCUCUCUCGGUCAACGGCAUUCGGUACGGAGCUGUUACUGCCAACUACACCUAG